AUGGUAAGUUUAUUUUUGUUUUAACUUUUAGUUUCUUGAUUAAUUUAUGUUAAGUUCUAGAUUUUUUCACGUUUCUUCAUGGUGUUUGUUGUUUUGAUCGUUAUUUCUUCGAUUUUAUGUUCUUAAAAACAAGAAGUGGUAGUUUUAAAUAGCUCUUUGUUUAACUUUGCUUGGAUGUGUUAGUUUAGUAUGUUUUUUUAAUUGAUUUAUGUGAUAUUAAACUUGAUUAUUUUAGAAUCAACAAAAUUACGGGAUGCCUCAACAAAAUCCGAAUUAUAUGCAGCAACGACAGAUGGUAAGUCUUUGUCUUUACUUUGUUUGCAUUUUUAGGUAAAUUAAGCUUUUAUUUACAUUAAAAAACAAUGAAAACCUUAAAUUAAUGUUGGUUCAUGGAUAAUAUCAAAGAAAAUGAGAAAAAGAGUUAAAUAAUUAAAUUUUUAGUACCCACAACAGCAAGGACAGAUGCAUAUGCAACAGCAAGGCUUCUACAUGGAUAAUCAACAACAAAUGAUGGGACAACAUGGUCAGUUCCAAGGACAACAAGCUGGUCAGAUGGGGAUGCGAGGAAUGCCACAGCAGCAGUCUGGUAACUUUCCUGGCCACAUGGGACAACAAAUGAUGGGCCAGGGACAGAAUAUGGGUCAAGGUGGUUCUCAGAGUGGUAUCGGGCAUGGUGGAGGCCCACAAAGUGGUAUGGGAGGUCCACAAGGCGGUAUUGGUCAUGGUGGAGGUCCUCAGAGUGGCAUAGGCGGACCACAACCUGGUAUUGGAGGGCAUGGUGGUAUGUCUGGACAAAACAUGGGUCAUGGAGGUAUUGGUCAAGGUGGUAUGGGCUCACAAAUGGGAGGUAUGGGCCGAGAUGGUAUGAGAAUGGGACCAGACAGCCAGAUGGGUCCAGGAUCAUCAAUUCAUAGCCAAAAUAUGGGACCAGGAUCAUCAAUUCAUAGCCAAAAUAUGGGACCAGGAUCAGUCCAGGGACAAGGAAUUGGACCAGGCUCUACUCAUGGUCAAGGUAUGGGUCCAGCUUCACAUCAAGGUCAAGGCAUGGGGCCAAGUUCAAUUCAAAGCCAAGGAAUGGGACCAGGCUCUAUUCACGGUCAAAAUAUGGGUCCAGGAUCUGUUCAAGGCCAAGGAAUGGGACAAUCUUCUAUACAAAGCCAAAACAUGGGCCCAAGUUCGGUUCAAAACCCGAAUAUGGCUAGCCAGAAUAUAGGUCAAGGACCAAUUUCUGGUCAAGCCGGCUCCAUUGGACCACACAGUCAAAUGGCCUCACAAUCCAUGAAUCCAAUGUCCAAUCAACAUCAAGGUCCAAUGUCAAAUCAUCAACAAGGUCCCAUGUCUAACCACCAAUCACAGCCAAUGUCAAACCUACCCCCAAGCUCAUUUGUCUCUCAACACCAGCCUAACACACCCCAGAAUCAACCACCAUCCCACAUGAGCAUGCCUCAGCCCUCGCCCCAAACAUAUCCACAACAACAUUCCGUCGGCUCCUUCCAGAAUCCGGCUUCAAUCCCACCCAAUAUCCAGCCACAAACUCCACAGAAUCCGCAACAACUUCAGACGCCGAUGCGAGGUGAUGGCCGCUUCACAUCGCCGGCUUCUGUCACACAACGAAGCCCAUUUGCUCAGCCGAAUCAACUCCAAACUCAAAUGUAUCAUUCACAACAGAGCGUGCAACAGAAACCGCUACAGUUGGAGAAGCGAUUGAAUCAAGCUGAAGCGCCGGCUCCACCCUUCCCCACCAAUAUAUUCGAAGCCAACAAGGUUUUGGUGGGCAAGGAGUUGAGGAGGGCUUUAUAUGAGGUAAGGGAGGGGAUUUUGCCGUGAAUCGGCGCGUCAAACGUUUUGGCGUUGCAGCCGGAUGGACUCGGUUCCGGUCACUUUUUUGUAUGAAACUAAAAAAUGUUGUAGCAUUGGUGCUGGGUUGUAAAAUACGAUUUGUGAAAUAAGGGCGUUAAAAUGGCAGUAAUUUUCUUUACAAAACAAAAAAUUGCAAGAACUUUCUUUACAAACUAAUAAAUGGCAAGAACUUUCUAUACAGCACUUGAAAUGGCAAGAACUUUCUUUACAAAACAUAAAAUGGCAAUAACUUUCUUUACAGAAAAAAAUGGCAAUAACUUUCUUUACAGAAUAUAAAAUGGCAAUAACUUUCUUUACAAAGCUGAAAAUGGCAAGAACUUUCGUUACAGAACAAAAAAUGACUUUUUUAAACAGAUGUCGAGUCAAAACUUACAGCUUUCUUAACUUCAGGUCACCUCGAAAGCAGAAGCCCUACUUUCGGCCAAAUUCUGCACUGAUCCGAUGGGAAAUCAGAGUAUUUUAUCAAAUGUCAGCUUAUCAGAAGCGAAUCCUCGUUCCAACGCAAGCACAAAAGAAUCUCCAAGCAAACCGAUUGCUAAAAUACCGGUAACAGAAGAGGACUUCCGAGUGGCCAAGGAAAUGUAUCUGGCCGCCGUUUCUGUAUUCUUCAGUAUUUGCGACGAUAUUGAGAGGAAUUUCGUGAGUUUUCGAAAGGUUUUGCUGAAAAAUCAUGAUGAAGAGACUACAAGUUCAGAUUUUUCUAAAAUUGUGACCUAAAUCGCCCGAAAAACGGCGUUUCUAAAAUUUUUUAGCCAAAAAAAGCUUAAAGUAAUGUCAUUCUUUCUUUCAGCUGAUCCUAAUUGAAGCCGAAAAAGAAAUGGCCCGCUACGAAUUACUAGCCAAAAGCUCAGGACAAACAGACUCACUCCUGAAAGGCCUGAAAGCCCCUUUGGACGUGCUGGAAGAGGAUCGACGCGCGGUCGAUAAAGCCAUCGAAGAAAUGUGCGAAAUCAUUGAGACCGUGCGCAAAGUCGAAACUUGA